AUGAAGCUGCCUCGAGGGUCCCCGAUCGUCUACAUUGGCGUGGGCGUUGUCAUAGGACUUUGCCUAUCGCUCAUCGUUGGUCCACGGGCAAAAGGGUUGUACCCAUACUAUUCAACGGGCAGCGUGCCAUCAUUACGGCCGCAUCGACAUGGACAUCAUGACGCCCAUGAAGAGGGUGAGCUAGACGACGAAGACGCUCCUAACGAAGCACUCGAAUUUCAUGCUAACGGCAGCUCCCACGACCACAUCGGAGAACGUGUGGUGGCUGACGAAAUAGCUAAGAAAGUUAGGGUCUUUUGUUGGAUUCUCACUGGAAAGCAGAAUCACGAAAAACGAGCGAAGCAUGUGAAAGCUACAUGGGCUAAACGCUGCAACAAAUAUGUAUUUAUGUCAUCUGAAAGCGAUCCUAAUCUUCCGGCAAUCAAUCUGAAUAUUUCUGAGGGACGCGAUCAUCUUUGGGCGAAGACAAAAGCAGCAUUCAAGUAUCUGCACGAUCAUUACUUGAACGAAUACGACUGGUUCCUGAAAGCCGAUGACGAUACCUACGUAGUGUUGGAAAACUUGAGGUAUAUGCUUCUUGCUCACUCGCCUGAUCAACCAGUCCAUUUUGGCUGUAAGUUCAAGCCGUUCACGAAGAAGGGCUAUCACAGUGGUGGUGCCGGUUACGUCCUUAGUCGAGAAGCUCUGAAGAAGUUUGUCAAAGAAGGCUUAACCGAUCCGAAGAAAUGUUCUCCCAACCACGGCGGCGCGGAAGACGCUGAAAUGGGGAAAUGUCUGGAGAAGAUUGGCGUCGUGGCUGGCGAUUCGCGAGACGGUGAAAAGCAUCACAGGCACGUUUUUCUGGGUUUUCUGAACUUGAAAUGCACUGUAAAUCAAAGGAACGAUCAACAUCGAUUCUUCCCAUUCGUACCAGAACAUCAUAUCGUACCCGGUCAUGUUGACAAAUCGUUUUGGUUCUGGUCCUACAUAUAUUAUCCGAUGGACCAAGGUCCAGACUGCUGCUCUGAUUACGCCAUUUCUUUCCACUAUGUCAACUCGAACCUCAUGUAUGCGCUUGAAUAUUUGAUCUAUCACCUCAAACCGUUUGGAGUUGAUCGCUCACUCAGAGUUGGGUCGAACGAGACGAUAUUGCAAGCAGCGUAUGCGUCUGCUCGCCGUGCAAUGGGUCCAGAUGACGUGUAUAGAGAUGUGCAAAUAACGCUCUAA